GCAAAGAAACCUCCGCUAAAACCCUCUCUAAUGGCAGCUUCUUCUUCUUCUUCAUUAUUUGCAUCUCUGUUGAACUCUAUCUCCUCCCUCUCUCUCUCUUCAUCACCGCCGCCGCCGUCACCACCAUCCACCGUCUCUCUCUCGUCCUCCUCUUCCUCAAAUUCAUCGUCAUCGAAGAUCCUAAAGAUCAGACAACCGUUAAUAACCCCCAUAAUCCAUGAAGUCUCUCCUGAUAUCCAAUCAGUUCUAUUCCCUUCGCUUGCGUUUUCAAAUACUUUAUUCUUCAAAUCGGCGUACAACGUUCAGGUGAUCGUGAAUCCUGAUGAACCUGAAGAGAGUUUGAUCGGUCGGUUCCGUCGAGAGGUUUUCAAAGCGAAUAUUAUACAAGAGGCUAAGCGCAGGAGAUAUUUCGAGACCAAUCAGGAGAAGCGAAAGCGGAAAAUUCGUGAUGCUGCUACUGCUAGACGAAGAGCCAAAAGGCGUCCGCGACCAGUGGUUAAAAAGGAGGAAGUGCCACAAAAGAAGGUGGUUGAUGAUGAACGUGACAACUGGGAACAGAUUGAUGUUGAAGUCCCCUAUUGUCGAUGAGAACCAACAGCGAUUCUUUUUGCCGAUUUAGCAAGGGUUCGAUCUUGCACCCUGAAAGCUCUAAUUUACUCGUCUGCUCAAAUUUGCAACCUAUGUGCUUUUGACUGCUAAUGAUUUAGGUUUUGUUUUUAGAAUGCAUUUUUGUUACAGUUAAAAUCUCUUACGAUUAAUAUAUAUUUGGAAGCAAUGUUACCAUUUA